CCCUCCCGUUCAUUUUCUACACUGACAGAGAAUACCUGCACACUUCCUCACACACGCACGCAUACUCAAAACCACCCUCUCAUGCCACAUACAUACAUUACCUUCUCUCUCAUAUGAUAUGAUAUUGAGAGAGAGAGAGAGAGGGGGGGGGGUGGAAAUAGUGAGAAGCAGAACAAGACAGAGCAGAGAAAACAGAGAGAUUUUUCCAGCCAUUUCGUACCAUAUAAUUAUGUUGCCUUUUUCUCUGCCACUCGAUUCAUCAAAUCCCCAUGGAAAACCCCCACAAUAUAACACCCCAUCUACAUUCCAGAAUCCACACCACUCCCCAUACUACCAAACAACACCAUUUCUCCUUUCUCCGUUUCUUCCUCUGCAAACCCCUGGCUCAUGAUCUCUGCAUUCCAGGGAUUUCGUGACGGCUUGAACCUUAAAGCAAGCAGUUUCCCAUCGGGGUUUCUGAUUUAGAGAUUGUAUACUCUUAGGUUCCUCUUCUUGUUCUGAAAGUUUGAUUUUUUUUUUCUUUUGUUAUUUCAUGGAUAUGGCUAUGGCUAUGGGUGGCUACCACCAUUUUGACCACAAUGAUGCUCAUCUUCCUCCUGGCUUUCGCUUCCACCCAACUGAUGAAGAACUCAUCACCUACUACCUACUGAAGAAGGUUCUUGAUAGCAGCUUCACCGGCCGAGCCAUUGCCGAGGUUGAUCUCAAUAAAUGCGAGCCAUGGGAGCUUCCUGAGAGGGCAAAGAUGGGAGAGAAAGAGUGGUACUUCUUUAGUCUCCGAGACCGGAAGUACCCAACUGGCUUGAGAACCAACAGAGCCACAGAAGCUGGGUACUGGAAGGCCACCGGAAAAGACAGGGAGAUUUACAGCUCCAAGACCUGUGCUUUGGUGGGUAUGAAGAAGACUCUGGUUUUCUACCGAGGGAGAGCUCCCAAAGGAGAAAAGAGCAACUGGGUCAUGCAUGAAUAUCGCCUCGAAGGCAAAUUUGCUUACCAUUACCUCUCCAGAAGCUCAAAGGAUGAAUGGGUUAUAUCCAGGGUGUUUCAGAAGAGUGGCACCGGCAGUGGAGUCGCCAGCGGCGGAGGUGGAGCCAAGAAGACCCGGCUAAGUUCUGCCAUCACCCUUUACCCAGAACCAAGCUCUCCAUCCUCUGUCUCCCUUCCUCCUCUUCUGGACCCUACCGUCGGCACCACCACCACUGCAGCAACCACCAAUUCAGUUACAGACCGUGACAGCUGCUCCUAUGACAGCCACGCCCCCGCCGAGCACGUGUCCUGUUUCUCCACCAUUGCCGCUGCUACCAGCAAUGUCACUGCAACUGCGUUCAACCCCAGUUUCGACCUAGCAAUGCCGCCGCUACAGCAUAUGACCACCACUACCAACUUGGACCCUUACUUCUCAAGAGACGUGGGAAUGUCAGCAUUUCCAACCCUGAGGUCUUUGCAAGAGAAUUUGCAGCUUCCAUAUUUCUUCUCCCCUCCUGUAGUCCCUUCCCCUACUCUCCACGGUGGCUCCACCGUGACCUGGGGUUCUGUCCCGGAAGAAGGUGGCAUCUCCAGCAGCAAGAUGGCCACUGCUGCCACGGAACUAGACUGCUUGUGGACUUUCUGAUCACAGAAACCUGGUGGGUUACCAUCGUAUGAUUAUCAACUCUAAGAAUGUUUUUCAUUAUUAUUAUUUGGAAAAAUAUGUUUCUCAUCAUGUUUAUUUAGGGAUGCUAUGAAAAAGAAUGUAUUAGGGAAAUUUCAUCUGUGUAGGGUUCUAUGAUGUUGACUUUUCCAUCAUAAUGAUGUACUAGUGUUUGUGUGGACUAGAAUAUUUGUUUACUACGUAGAUGGGUAUUGGAGUUCUGC